AUGGGCACAACAUCCCGUAUUAUGCUCAGUCACUCCUUUGGCGACUUGAGUAACUACUGUUGCGAUCAAAUAUCGCAUUUAGAUGAGAACUUCAACGGGUCGUACUGCGCCGAGUUUUACAGACCUGAAUUCAGACUGCCCUCAGAAAAGGCCAUACUGGGUGUAGCAGCGCUCAAGGGGCUCACGCUCAGCGACUCGAUCGAUUACACCCAAAACAGCAUCAACACCUCCCAAAUCUCCGAGGCAAACCACACGUCAACAACACAGCCUCGCGCGAUACCAACAUCUUCUGACACUUCAACCCAUAUCCCCGAGAAGAGCGAAAGCAGCUGUAGCUCCAGGAAGGAGAAAGCCAUCGGUGCGGGCGUGGGCGUUUCUUUAGGCGUGAUUCCGCUGGCGUCAUUGACAUGGGCGCUCUGGCUGCUGCGACAGAACCAGAAUCUGAAGAAGGGGCAGGCGCAGGCGCAGGGUCUUGGCCCGAGUCCAGGUAAAAAUCUGACCCAUGGUCAGCUAUGUUCGAUGACGCCUUCUGGUGGAUAUAUGAGCCCGGAGUCUCUUACACAUGCGCGCAAUAGUCAACUUAUGGACCAGGCGGGUAUGCCUCAAAGCCCGAGUGAAUUACCUAACAAGAGUGUCUAA